AUGGCAACUAAUAAAAGUAGAUAUUUACGAACUAUUAGCGAAUCCUCUAGUCAUGCAGGACUCGAUCCAGAUCAAAGACAUGUAGUUAAUUUGGAACGAUAUCGUUCUUUGUCAGCCAAGGUUGAGCGAUGUUUACAAGAAAUCAUCGAACGUAUCCAUAAACAAAAUCCAACAUUGAACUUUGAAUUACUUGUUCCGCCAGCCUCCCAUUUGACAUCUUACUUACCAAACGAAAAUAAAGAAUUUUAUUUCGAUUUUUAUCUUGUUUGGAAAAAUUUUGGUCGAUUUCAAAUUGAAAAAGAUGAUUCAUCCAUCUGUUGCAAAAUUAAAUACCUGAAUAAAUCCAUUACCUGGUCACGUGCUGAACAAGAUCGUCUAUUAAUCACCCAUGUAGAUAAGACGAGAUCAUCUUAUAUCAAUGGCCGUGGUUUACGUGAUUUAUUUCUCGAAGCACUUCGCGACCGGUCACUCGAUCUGAUUCGUUUGGAUUUCAUUGAAUAUCUUAUCUAUUUUGAUUUGAUCAUCCCUUCAGCAAAAGAAAAAACAACGUGUCACGUGUCCCUUCUGCCAUGCAUACAUAUUCCUGAAGAAAAUGAAGUUUUACUACCGUAUGGCACACUUCGUUGGUACCAGAGAUCAUUAAGACCAAUCAGUGAAAACAAUCUCAACAAUUGUCUUCAACAACCUUUACAGCACAUUUCCAUUCGUCGUUACUUAUCAACAAAUGAUACAGUGGAUACAUCAGCUAAAUGCACACGGCAAGAUCAACUAGCGUUUGCACGUGCUCGAGCGAUUAUCCAUGAAUUAUUGUUGCCAUGUACAUUGGAACAUUGCGAUACUAUGGAGCUACUUCGUUCACCUUUUGAUGAUGAUUUAGAUGAGACGGAAAAGCUUUUCUUUAUACCUCAUCGAACAGAUCGAAAUUGUAAUGUUUUUCCAGCCGGACAGUAUCUAUUAGAUGAUCCGAAAGCAAAACGAUUUGUUAAACGAAUAUUGCAGAUUAAUACGAAAAUACCAACGACAAUACAAAGAGAAAACAGCGAAGUGAAAGCUUAA